AUGCCUCCCGCACCAGCCAAUUCAUCCGUGGGCGUGGAUGCAAGGGCGGUGGCCGGUAUGAACACGGGGGUCUCAGCGCCAGGGACUGAUAUAGAUAUCCCAGGUCCAAGAGAGUGUUUAGCAGUCUCGGCAGCAGUCAUGGCUGUGGCUGCAGAGGCGGAGGGGUGUUGGAGGGAGAAUGUUCGGAGUGCAUUUAUUAUUCCUGCGGGCGGCGAAAUGGAGUUCGAUGCGGUGGGAACGGGUGGAUCUGUUGCGGAUUUUUCUUUAGAUACGGAUAUGCCUGUUAAGGCUGUCCAGAUAUCCUCAACCGGCGGAGCAGGGUCACUCCACGGAACGGUAAAGAGUGGCUUGUCCCAUCGGCUGUGA